AUGGCAGCACGCACAGCCUCAUCAGGGUCCAAUAGACCAUCAUCGUCUACCCCGUCAUCCCGCCCUCCCCUGGAACAACUCGUACUGUCUCUAGUCCCGUCCCUUGCCCCGGUCAGAGGCGCUCGCCCGGAAGAUCCCGUGGAGAAGGAGAGGAAAGAGAGAGUCAAGGAGCUUACAGGAUGGUGCCAGGAUAUUUUGGAUAGUAACCUCCCAUUGUCCAUCCCGUUGUCAGAAGGCACAUUACCAGAUUCCGUCAAGCGAAUGGUGUACUCCUCCAAACCGACUGGAAGCGAGAGCGGAUCCAACAAAGCUCUGAGAUUCAGCUCCAUAUGGAACAAACUAGAGCGAGGACGCUUGCUUUCGUCACCGAAUCCCCAUCUGCAAUUCCUGUCCGCUUUGUCCGAAAUGAAUCCCAACAACAUAUCCAGAGGUACUGCCAACCCUCCUCAACCCUCCAAGUCUAUGCCUCCCCCGGCAUUCCCGUCAACGAAGGCUAGCUCUUCUCAGCAGCCGAUGGCCGGCGCUGGUGCACUCAUCGCCCAAGCAGAAUUCAGUGGAAAGGGUAUCAGCAAAGCCGAAGUCUUGAAGCAAUGGAGAGCCCUCAAAUCUCGCCCGACCUUUCCACCGCAACUCCUUCUCAGAGACGCUCUAUACCUCCUUCAGGGGAUUGACGGUCGAUACGUCCGCUUUGCCUUGGCCCCUCCCAAGGAGCAAAAUCCAUACCUCACAGAAAAGGGUAAAGAGAACGAAGGCACAGGGUUUCCGCUGGGUAAAAACGGCCCUGUGGUCGAAAGUGCGGAGGGUGGUGAAGAGGUUGAUGGUCAUAUUUCGCAACCCACCAGAACGCUUUUGAUGCAAAUAUCCGAGCUGGGUAUGAUUUACCGGCGAGUCACCGGGUUCAUCGAAUCUCGCCAGUCGCUAGAUAACAGAGGGGGCAUGAUUGAACAGAGCUUGUGUCAUUUCCUCCAUCACGAUCUGUCAGAAUACCAUCGUCUUUUGGCAGUGCUAGAGUCGCAGAUGAACACGGCUUCUUCGGCGGAUCCAGACAAAACAGCGGAGAGCGGAGGCCUGACUCUCAUGCGCUUGGGACUGUGGACGGAAGAGAUGCGCCUCAAGCUGAGACAAAUGGACGAAAUCGUCGAGGAGGCCAAAGCCCAUCAUGGUGGUUCUCUUGUGUCCCGUAUCCAUUCUCACACCAGCAACGGUGACCCACUCAUCCGCCUUUUCACUAACGGGAUUCUUUCUUCCGUCUCCAAGCCCUUCUUCCUUACUCUCCAACGGUGGAUAUUCUCCGGCGAGCUGCAUGAUCCAUUCAAAGAGUUCUUUGUGCAACUGAAUCCGGAUGCACCUAGGCUGAAAGAUGGUCCAGGAGGAGUACUGGGAGACGGGGGGUGGGAACUAGGAAUGGAAGGAGAGGACGGGCUCGAAGAGGCGUAUGCAGUCUGGGAGAAGAAGUAUGUCUUUGUGAAGAAGAUGGUGCCGGGAUUCGUGACGGAGGACUUUGCCAAAAAGAUUUUCUCCACAGGCAGGAGUCUAAACUUCAUCAGAUACAGCUGUCAUGACAGCGACUGGAUAGAGACCCAAGCAAAACUGGCUAAUGCUGGCAGAGAUCUGAGCUACAGUGAUUUGGCUGGCCUGGAGCGUUCUAUCGACGAUGCCUAUUCUAUCGCCUCUCAGCGACUUCUCGAAAUCUUCUUUGACAAAUUCAGACUACUUGACCAUCUCCGCGCUCUCAAAUCGUUCCUCAUGUUGGGUGCUGGUGAUUUUGCCGAGCUACUCAUGGAAUCCUUAGCUCCCCGACUUUCAAAGCCCGCCAUCAGUCUCUAUCGCCAUCAUCUCACCUCCGACCUCGAAUCUGCUAUCCGCGGCUCUAACGCCCAAUUCUCUCCUCCCGACAUCCUCAGACGUCUCGACGCCCGUAUGCUAGAGUAUUCGCACGGAGAGACUGGAUGGGAUUGUUUCGCUCUCCAGUACAAAGUCGAAGCUCCAAUCAAUGCCGUGUUGGACGGUAGGGCAAUGGGAGAUUACGACAGGCUCUUCAAUCAUCUGUGGAGGUUGAAGAGGGUGGAGGUAGCUCUCACGCAGAACUGGAUGAGGGCGACAAGCGGGAGUAAGGCGUAUGAGUACCUGCCGGGGUUGAAUAACGACUGGCACCACUGUCGAGUGGUCCAAUCCGAAAUGGUUCAUUUUCUGCGACAAAUACAAGCAUUCUGUCAGCUGGAGGUGAUAGAGUGUUCCUGGGCAGAGCUGAUGGAGUAUGUGGAAAAGAGGGAAGGAGAUCUGGAUACCUUGAUUGCGGCGCAUAGAAAAUAUCUAAGUAGGGUCGUGAAGAAGAUUCUGCUGCUGUCAUCGAAGCGUGAGAAGGAGGAGAUAUUACUCGACUUGGUCCGCGAUGCUCUCGACCUGAUACUCCAGUUCACAGAUGCCACCGACGACCUCUACGCGUGGUCUCUUGCCGAAGCCACUCGUCUCGAUCGCCAGCGUGACGCUCUUCGUGGCCUCUACACCCCCUCUGCAGCAGACGACGACCCAUCCAAAUCUGAAGAACAGCUACAAUCCAUCCGCAUCCGCAUUCGGGACUGCGCAAACGACUUUCACGAUAAAGUGACCAGCGUCGUGCACAUGGCUGGGGCGCAUCAGGAUUUGGAUGUGCGCUUUUUGGGUAUCAGGAUUGGUUUCAAUGGGUUCUUCAAAUUGAAGAAGAAGGACAAGAGCGGGAGUUCCAAGUCGGCGAGAAGUUAA